AUGUCUGUGGAAGAAGUGACCCAGAAGGCUCAAGCUUUGUCCGUUGGGGACAACGAGGAACGCAAGACGGUGCUUACGGACAGCAAGGACUUUGAUUUGAAGCACCCACUGAACUCGAAGUGGACGCUAUGGUACACGAAGCCGCCUGUGGGAGACAACGAGUCGUGGUCAGACCUGUUGCGGCCGGUGACGUCCUUCACAACUGUGGAGGAGUUCUGGGCCAUCCAAAACGCGAUUCCAAAGCCGCGCGAGCUGCCAUUGAAGUCGGACUACCACCUGUUCAGAAACGACAUCAGACCUGAAUGGGAAGAUGAAGCGAACUCGCGCGGCGGGAAGUGGUCGUUUCAAUUCAAAGUGCGGAACCCUCCUAUAGACGACUUGUGGCUGCGGGCCCUGUUGGCCGUGAUCGGGGAGUCGAUUGACGAGGACGAAUCUGAGAUUAAUGGCGUUGUGAUCAAUGUGAGAAGAUCUGGAUUCAAAAUUGGGUUGUGGACCAAGUCUGUGAGACAGGCUCCGCUGUCUAAGGUCGGCGCGAAGUUCAAGGCCGUGCUUCAGUUGGAUGACUCCGACACGUUGGAGUUCUUUGCGCACUCUUCUGCUAACGAUAAAAACGCUAAGCCUGCUCUGGUUUUGUAA